AUGCGGUUUUAUGAAGAAGAAGUGAAAGAAUACGUUGGCCUAAAAAAUCAAGGAGCAACAAGUUAUUUAAAUGUCGAGUUGCAAUUAUUAUAUAGCAUAAAAUAUUUUUGCAAGGCGAUAUAUCAAAUCCCCACAGAAGAUGAUGAUCCAAAUAAAAGUAUUCCUUUGGCUAUGCAAAGGAUUUUUUAUCAAUUAGAAGAAUCAAAUACUCCAGUUGAAACGACAGAAUUAACGAGAACUUUAGGAUGGAAUGCGAUAGAUAGUUUUAUACCAUAUGAUGCGCAGGAAUUUAAUAGAUUGCUACUAGGUAAUUUAGAGUAUAAAAUGAAGGAUGCUAUUUCCAAACUAUUUAUAGGAAAGAUGAAGAGUUAUGUUAAAUGUGUCAAUGUAAAUUAUGAAAGUUCUCAUAUUGAAGAUUACUAUGAUAUUCAACUCAAUGUAAAAGGGUGCAAAACUUUAAAUGAUUCUUUUCUAGAAUAUAUUCGUGAAGAAUCUUGUGAAGAAAAUAAUAAAUACAAAACUGAAACAUAUGGUUUACAAAAUGCAAAGAAAGGAGUAAUUUUUGAAAGUUUUCCACCAGUACUACGAAUACAAUUAAAACGGUUUGAACAUGAUAUGAAAAGAGAUGCUACAGUUAAGAUAAAUGACUGUCUUGAAUAUCCAAUGGAAAUUGAUUUACAAAACUAUUUAUCAUCAGAUAACAAUGAGUCAAAGCCACAUAAUUAUUUACUUCAUGGAGUAAUUGUUCAUAGUGGUGAUUUACAUGAAGGCAGCUAUUAUGCUUUUUUAAAACCAGAGAAGAAUGGCAAAUGGUUCAAAUUUGAUGAUGACAGAGUUAUAUCUGUAAUAGAUAAAGAAGUACUUGAAGAUAAUUACGGAGGUGGAAUAGCAAUUGGAACAAGUGCAUAUAUAUUGGUAUAUAUCCAUGAAUCUGAUAUCGACUUUGUACAGUCACCUGUGCUUUAUAAAGACAUACCCGAAAAUUUGCAAAAACGCUUAGCUGAAGAGAAGGUUUUAUAUGAAAAGAAAAAAAAAGAAGCUGAAGAGCGUCAUUUAUAUUUGACUAUUAAGAUUGUGACUUUAACUACCUUUGCGCACCAUCAAGGGUUUGAUCUCGCUAAUUUUGACGAUCAACAAUAUCCACUAUCUGAUGUUCUACAAUUGAAGGUUUUGAAAAGUGAUGCAUAUGGGAUUUUCAAAGCACAAGUUGCUCAUCAUUUUGGGAUUUCGGAAGAUCAAAUGAGGUUUUGGGUUUUUGCAAAUCGCCAAAAUAAGACUGUUAGACCAGAUACCCCAAUACAAGCCCAUUGGCCUGGCUUAAUAAUGGAAGAAAUUUAUAUGAAAAUGGCUCCAAGACAAAAUGAAAUGAAAUUAUUUUUGGAAGUGGCAGAUAAACCAAUUAUCGGCAAAACAUGGUUCCGAAAAACGGAUGGGAAUUCUCAUAGAAUGAUUUUCAUCAAAUACUUUAAUCCCGAUACACAAUCUCUAGAAGGACUGUGUCAUGUAUAUGUUCAAACGUUUGGUAAAGUUGGUGAUAUUAUUCCAAUUCUUUGCAAGAAAAAGAAAUUUCCACGACGCACCUCAUUGAAAAUAUAUAAGGAGAUAAAACCAAACAUGAUUGAAGAGAUGAAACUAAAAUUGACUUUUCAACAAUCUGAGAUACGAAAUGGUGAUAUAAUUUGCUUCCGAAAAGCUUUAACAAAACAAGAAGUAAAAAAACAUACUGUUGCAGGUCGAAUUUGCGAUAUUCCUACAUUCUAUGAGUCAUUAUCUAUGCGUAUUGUCGUUCAAUUUAAACCAAAACAUAAAGACCGGGAACAAAAACCAGAAUUUGAUUUGGUUUUAAAUAAGAAGUACACAUAUGAUGAAGUUGCUAAUUGUGUUGCUGUUUAUCUAAACACGAAUCCUUUGAAAUUACGAUUUACAACAGCAUAUCCAACUACUGGUAAAUACAAAAUUGGAAUUGAAAGUACGACCACGCAAACACUGUCAGAAAUGCUUCAAACAACCCAUCUUGAUUCAAUAAACCUUUUGUAUUAUGAGACGCCUGACAUUAGUAUUUUAUAUAGAGGAUAA